AUGGUGAUGAUGAAGAAGGCAGAGAUGAUGAAGACGAGGAGUGUGUUGCUUCUCUGUCUGCUCUCUCUGGCCGCUGCUGAUUCUCAGAGCGAUGACCAGCUCACACACACACUGCAGCACCCCCACCUACUGACACGCCUCUCAGCAGCAGGACAGCAGUGUGUUAUUGGGGAGAUCAAGAGAGCUCUGCUGGGAGUCAAGCAGCUGGGGGAGACGCUGGAGACACAACAGCUCACACACCAGCAGCUCAUGGAGACACUCUCACACAGCUACAACAAGAAGAGGGGGGCGGAGCAACUGGCCUAUGAGGUGAAGCAGAAGCUGAGAGAGGCGGAGCUCCAUUGCCGUGGCAACCUGCGGUCCCAGUGGGUGGCAUGUCGUCCGUGUCUGGAGGAGAGAUGCAGGUCCUUCUACACAUCCACCUGUCGCCGUGACGACAACGCCUUCACACUGCAGGUGGGGGAGUUCUUCCGCAGGAUGGCAUCUCAUCUGGAUACACAGGAGGAGGAGGGGCUGUACAACCAGAACCCUGAAGAGAACCAGAACCCUGAGGAUGUCCAGAACCCUGAAGAGAUCCAGAACCCUGAAGAGAUCCAGAACACUGAAGAGAACCAGAACCCUGAGGAGAUCCAGAACCCUAAGGAUGUCCAGAACAUUCAGCCUCAGCCCUUAGAACCAGACACACCGGACCCUACUGACCCUGCUGACCCCGACACCCCUGAUCUGAGCCAAUCAGAAGUGGAGCUACAGCAGCUGAGCCAAUCACUGACGGAAGCUCGAGAGGAGGCGGGGACCCUGUACGCCCGUUGCCAGGAGACAGUUGCCGGGAUGCGCUGGGCGCUGGGUCCAGAGUUCUACGUGUCGUUUAGAGAAGAGCUGCGUCCGGCGCCCCCCCCCACCGCCACGCUGGGCGACGUCACACACACGCUGCUGGAGCUCGGCCGCUCCGCACUACAGGAAGUGGAGAUGGUGGUGCAGGAAGUCAACUCAGCCCUGCAGGAAGUAGAAUCAGCAGUACAGGAAGUCGGCUCUGCCCUGACGGGACUGUUCCAGGGGCUGACCAGCAACGAGAAGGAUACAGGCCUAGUGUCGCAGCACUAUGGUGAGCUGCAGGACAUCUCUCUGCUGGUGCGGGCGUCACAGCACUAUAGUGAGCUGCAGGACAUCUCUCUUCUGGUGCGGGCGUCGGGGCGUCAGUACUCGGAGGUCCAGCAGGUGGCGCUGAGGCACGCGGAGCACACACUCCUCUGGGCCAAUCAGAUGACAGCUAAACACGCCUGGGUCACACGCAUCACCAACAGCACCAGCGCUCCCAAACAAACCUUCAGCAUCAGCAAGCUGACUCUUGGGGGCGGUGACCUGUUGGAUGGGUCAGUAUCAGAGGCGUGGCAGGUGGAGGUGUGUCUACUGGACUCUCCACCAAUCAGCUUGUCUGUCCCCACCCAGCUGGACCCCAAUGACCCCGCCUUCAUCAACUACAUCACACAAGAGGCCCUGCAGGUCUUUAAGAAUUCCACAAGGUUCAAAACUGCACGAAGUGUAUGA